UGCCGCUUCUGCCCCCGGUGGAUGCCAUCCCGGAGCCCGCGUGCUGCCACCGCUGCCGCCACCGGGGCGGGGGGCUCCCGGGUCCGCCCGCUCAGCCCGGGGAGGCGUACAUGCCCCGGCUCCCCUCCGCUCUCACCAGCAGCAUGCUUUAUUUCCAGAUGGUGAUCAUGGCAGGGACGGUGAUGCUGGCUUAUUAUUUCGAGUACACGGACACAUUCACCGUCAAUGUACAGGGCUUCUUCUGCAACGACAACGCCUACCGCAAGCCCUACCCGGGCCCGGAGGACAGCAGCGCCGUGCCGCCCGUGCUUCUCUACUCGCUGGCUGCUGGGGUCCCCGUCCUAGUGAUCAUAGUUGGAGAAACUGCUGUAUUUUGCCUACAACUAGCCACAAGGGAUUUUGAAAAUCAAGAAAAAACUAUUUUAACCGGAGACUGUUGCUAUAUAAAUCCACUAGUACGCAGAACUGUCCGGUUUCUUGGGAUUUAUACAUUUGGGCUGUUUGCUACAGAUAUCUUUGUGAAUGCCGGACAGGUAGUGACAGGGAAUCUGGCUCCACAUUUUCUUGCACUCUGCAAGCCCAACUACACGGCUCUUGGAUGUCAGCAGCUCACACAGUUCAUCAGUGGUGAAGAGGCCUGUACUGGUAACCCAGAUCUCAUCAUGAGAGCUAGAAAAACCUUCCCUUCCAAAGAAGCAGCUCUGAGUGUGUAUGCAGCGAUGUAUCUGGCAAUGUACAUUACCAACACAAUAAAAGCCAAAGGAACAAGACUUGCUAAACCAGUUCUAUGCUUGGGCUUAAUGUGUUUGGCCUUUCUUACUGGACUCAACAGAGUAGCAGAAUAUCGAAAUCAUUGGUCAGAUGUGAUAGCAGGUUUUCUUGUUGGAAUAUCUAUAGCAGUAUUUUUGGUCGUAUGUGUGGUAAACAAUUUCAAAGGAAGACAACCAGAAAAUGAACACAUACACAUGGACAAUCUGGCACAGAUGCCAAUGAUCAGCAUUCCUCGAGUAGAAAGUCCCUUAGAAAAGAACCACAUCACGGCCUUCGCAGAAGUCACAUGAUGUCGAACUGGACGCUUUUUCACUGCACUGGACAUCAUCCCUUUUCACAGUCCAUUCAUGAGUCCCAAAGUCUUUUUGAUAGCAGGAUCAGUUUAUAAAAAUGUCUGGUUGCUGAUCAUUCAUACAAUAUUGAAAUCUAUGUCACCUUUAUUUUGAAAAGAUGCUCCUUAAGUAUUCAGAUUUCAUGUUAUGGUCCCAUAAAACCAUCUCAACUAUGAAAAGCAAACUAUAUGCUCACCAGAUUUGUAUGAAAAAACCCAUUAUAUGGGCUUAGUUGAGCUUUUCAAUAAUUUGUGUUAUCUAACUCAGCAGUAUGCCAUAUUUAGUUUACAACAGGCUUUCAGAGUCAAAAAGUUUAGGGAGUUUUGUGUCUUCCCCUCCUUUUAUUCAGCACAGUCAUUUUAAUUGAAACAUUUCUGUGUGUAAAAUUUCUUUUUUAAAGUAUGUUAUAUAUUCAAAUAACAUUUGCACAUUAUAUUAUAGUACACGUCACUUAAAAUACAAUUCCUCCUGAACAUUCUCAGACUGGUGCUCCUGCUUUUGAAGGGAAAAUGCCCAUUUUUUACUGUAAUGAGUAAUGUAUCAUAAUUAAAAUAUAUUUAUUUGGAUUUUUCCUGAUAAUUGUGGUUGAAAUGUUGAACUGUAGGGCUUGUUUGGAUGCAGAUUGUAUGUAGGAUAGUUGAAAUAAGAAUAUAAAACAGUGAUGACUUUUACUGGCCAAUACUGUGUGGGUAGCAGUAUCUCAGAGUAGGUUAAAGGCCCCAUCCUGUACAUUGACCAUUCAACGUUCCUGUGUAAUUUAAAUGGAAAAUAGGUACACAAUUGUACAUCAUUGAAGUUAUAUGAAUGGUGGUUAUCAUUUUAUCUUGACAUAUAUCUUAUGUUUUGAGCAAGAGGGUGACAAGACUGAGAAAGAAGAUGAUCAUAUUCAGGCUGGGUAAAAUUCCAUUCUAUUAAAUUAAGAAGCAUUUAUUAAGCACUUCCUAUGUUCAGAGCACUGUGUUUAGUGCUGGAGAUGCAAAGAAAAAUGAAACAAUCCCUUCUCUCAAAGAACUUACAGGCUACUUAGGGAUGUGUCAUAUAUACAGAGAAGUAAAAAUAGCAUGAUUUGAGGAGGAAGAAAGCCCUGGCAAUUGGGGUAUCAGGAAAGUUUUCACAGAGUUCUACAUCUGGAAGGAAGUUUUGUUCAAUGAAGAUAGAAUAUCCUAUAAGAAAAUUCACUCUUCAUUUGUUUGUCUGGCAAAGAAUUUGAAAUUUGGCAUUGUAGAUACUCAUGAAAUAUCUUUGCCCUACAUGACUAGCAAGAAUUUACUGUAAGACAGGCAUUUGAUCUUGACAACAUGAUAAGAAAAGACUUGAUUCCCUCUGAAAUUUCUCCAAAUAGAUAUAAAGACUUUUUUUUUUUCAAUGAGAGACAAAGUCUGUGACUUUCCCUGAUCGUUGCUGGAAGUGAAGUUUCAUUGUGUCUGACUAAUUUCUGUUUUCAUCUAAGAAUUCAAUAAUAGUAUGAUGUUUCGAUAAUAUGACUGUAUUUUUAUGUUAGAACUUAAAUAUUUGAAUCCAAGAGCAACAGUAACACAUUUUGCAAAACUGUCUCUUAUAAUUGUGGGGUUGGUUAAAAUUGCAAAGUGCUAAAUGGAUGAACUUGGGCAGUAAUAGCCUGUCUGGGUCAUUUUCCUCAACCAUAUAAGUGUGGGGGUUGGACUAGAUCACUUCUAAAGUUAUUUCUAUCUAUAAAUCCAUCAUAGGAUUAACUCAGUUGAUCCCACAAUAGCUUAUGAGUUAAAUAAGGUAGAUAUUACUAUCUCUAUAAAUAUCUACUGAGGCUCAGAGAAUUUUAAAGUGACUUUUCAUAGAACAUAUAAUUAACAAAUAAUGCAGCUGGGAUUAAAAUCUAAGCCUUUCCCCAGCAAUCUUGGAGGAGUAAAGGAAGCAGAAUACUUUCUUAGCCAUAAUAAGUAUCAACAAGAUUAAGUCAGGUCAUUUCUAUUGUGGCAUCUACUUUCCAAGGACCAAACCUUUUGUCCAUCUGUUUCCACUUGACAGUAACUGCUUUAGCAGUGUAUGAGAAGGAUCAACAUUAUCCAUUAAAUAAAAACUUUGUGCAGCAGUUAUUACAUAUUGGGCUUCAACUGGAAAACCUGGAUUUGAAUCCCAUUUCUGAAACUUAGCUAGUGAUAUGAUACUAGGUAAGUCACUUAGUCUCUGUAUGCAACUCUCUAGCACUCAGGGGAAAAGAUUAUUGUAUCUGAGUCAGAGAACUCGAUUCAGAUUCCAGUUCUAGCAUUUUUUUCCCAUGUAACCAUGGGCAAAUAACUCUUUUUAAAGCCUCAGUUUCCUCAUUGGUAAAAUGUCUUAGUUGGCAUUGAGAUGAUCCCCAAAAUUCCUUUAAACUCUAAAUCUACAAUCCUGUGAUCUACUAAAUCAUAGAUUGCAUUCUGCAUUGGUGCAUUCUUUUGAAAUCACUCAUUUUUCAUGUUAUCAUGUCAAGACACAUUGAAUUAUGUCUUAAAUUUUGCAAUGUCAAAUAUGUACAAAAGCACAAUUCUGUUAAAAAUCUGAUCUAGUUAAAUCUGAGUAAAGUCAAGUCAGCUACAGUAUUCAAAAGUCAAAGAUUCUUGGGUUAACUUUUUACAAUAUAGGACUCACUGAUCCCACCACAUGGGAAAAAAAAAAUAUAUAUAUAUAGCAUAUAUGUAUGAGUAUAUAUGUGCUUAUAUAUCCAUAUUUACAUAUAUACAUAUAUGAUAUAUAUGUAUUAUAUAUGCCAGGAGAGAGCCCUUAACUUUGAUACUGCUACUCAAAAUAAUGGGGAAAAAGAAUUAGGACAUGAAUAUGUAAAAAUGUAUAUAUACUAUAGAGAGAAUAAGCAAAUACACCUCUUUCUGAUGAAGACAUGUCUCCUUUUUAUUCUAGGUAUUUAGGGGCCCAGGUCACUAUCAAUUGAUCUACCUGAAAUUUUCAGUGAUACCUGUUUGCAUGGCAGGAAAGCUGCACAUGUUUAUUCUGAUUUCUAAGAUGACUUAAAAGGCUCUUUUAUGUUAAAAGAGAGGUGAACCUUCUUCAACAGACUGUGUCUAUUUAACUUCUAACUGGGCCUCUCUCUUCUCAGGAUGUACCCCAGCCAAAUAUUUCGGGUUAUUUACCAAUUUUCUUUGUGAACCAGCAGUGGGACAGAGGGUAGG